UGUAAUAUAUGUAUGUAUUAGGGCGCAUGCCCGGAUAUCGAGUAACGGGGACAUGGACUUUGUCCAUGUCAGUGUGGUACGAGAUAGCAAAGAGCCAAGUUAUAUAGAGACGCAAUAUACGGAGUGUUAAGUAAAGACUGUGUUUCAAUCCCCCGUUUCCCGAUUGGCACCUCGAACAUUACAUGGCGACGAGGUUGUGAGUGAGAAAUCGAGGGCAGAGUUAAAAGAAGUUCGCGAAGGCACAAAUUAGUGAGGAAAUUUUCGGCGUGCAGGGCAAAAUGGCGACGAACAUCCGGUUCCAGGAGUUCAACGUGGAAAUAGAUGACUGGGAGAUUUAUAGUGAAAGGCUCCAGCAACACUUCAAAGCUCAAGCAGUCAAGGAGGAAGUCCAGGUACCUAUUUUGCUAAGUUUAAUGGGGGCAACGACUUACAAAUUAUGUCGAGACUUAUGCUUUCCCGCCAAACCCGCAGAACGCACGUUUGACGAGCUCAACAAGUUGUUGAAGGAACAUUUUUGCCAAAAACUAUCGGUGUGGAAAGAAAGAAGGACUUUUAUGGAAAUAAACCAGCAAGAAGAAGAGAAAGUAGGAGACUUCUACGCGAGACUUUGCGGGGCAGCCAGCGAAUGCAGUUUUGAAGGCAACCUGAAGGCGAUUUUGAAAUUAAAGUUGGUUACGGGAAUGAAAAAAGGGAAAGUUUACGAACGGGUUAUAGAAGAGAAAGAUGAUGCAACAUUGGAUAAAAUUUUGGAAAUUGCAAAGUGCAAGGAAAAGCAAGCAGAAGAGGGCAUAGAAAAGGAGCAUGCGCAAGUAAACCUAGUGCGCAAAUACAACGUCGAAAACAGAACGAAGCAAUUUCAAAAGGCGCGCGCAAAUGAAUAUGACAGAACACGUAGUUCAAAUGCACGAGAUCGGGAAGGUCAAGACAAGAUGGCGGAUUAUAAAGGUAAACAUUAUAAACAAGAAAGAACAAAUCGAAGUAGAUGCUGGACGUGCGGUUCCACGAAUCAUUUGGCACGGUAUUGUAGAAGAAAGAGGUUUCAUUUCAUAGAAGGCAACAGUGACGAUAGCAGAAGCGACGAUUCGGCAGAAGCUGAGGAGAAGGUGUGGUUCUGUGAACGGGUGUUGAGUGUUAAUACCAGUUACAACAAAAACGCAGUUAUGAACAACAAAUUUAAGAGGAAGCUGCCUGUUGUAUCCUGGGACAGGACUGGCUGGAGGAAUUCGGUAUUGGUUUAGGGGUAGUGAAUUGGAUUAAAAAUGAACAGGAGGAAAUAGUGACAAGAUUCCCAAACCUUUUUAGUGAAAAACUAGGAAAAUUCAAGCUAGCAAAGAUAAGGUUACAUCUUAAGAAAGAAACAGUGCCGGUUUUCGCUAAAGCAAGGAAUGUACCGCUAGCAUAUAGACAAAAACUUGAUGAAGAACUGGAGAAGCUGGAAAAAGAGGGAGUGAUAUCACCGACACAAUCUACAGAAUGGGCAACGCCACUUGUAUGUGUGUUAAAGGAG